AUGGCGUCCCAUGCCAGAUUCUCGCCUGAUCUGGCCUUGUACCUGAUUUCGAUCCUCAAUGUCACGUCGGUUCCCGGCCGCAUCCUCCCCCCGCACCUUGGCGACCAACUUCUUCAUUUCAAUAUCUUGACCCUGUCGGCGUUUUGCACGGAGGUCUCGAUCCUAGCGCUGUGGCUGUCAUUCAACUAUUACCCUCGCACGCCGGCAUCAUUGUCUUCGGUUGGACUAUGGCUUCCGAUUCGGGACCUACCAGACAGUCAUUGCCGCCAGGUUCGAGUAUCUACUGCAAGAGAAGAGGCUCAUAUACAGAUCACUGGAAUAACCGCCAGUCAUAGCUGUCUGACUGAACUGCCGAUCAUGGGGUCGAACCUCAAUCGGCAGCAUGAUACAGACCACUCAGGGCUCCAGCUGUUCGCCGCGAUCUCCAUUCUCAUUGGCACUGGCUUCCUGGCCGUCUUCAGUACCUUUUCUUGCAGAUCUGUGAAUCAUGAGAGGGUUAAAUGCGCAGGGAGGAAUGAGAUUGGGGAAGUUGUAGAGGGGAGAAAGCGCCAAGGUCACCUCCGACGCUACAUGGAUUCGUGGAUUCCGGCAUGGCGCAUUCAUGAUCAGCUACUGCCUUGGGCUAAUCCUGAUUAA